UAGAGCGAUAAUGGUUAAUUGCUAUUCGUUUUCUGUCGUCUAAAUCAGUUCCAAGUCGACUUUCAAGGCAUACAGUUGCGGAUUUAAUUGAACUACUAAAAUGGCAAAGGAUAAUCUGACAGCAGUGCUCCAUGGCAUUGAGGAUAUGCGUUUGGAACAACGUCCUAUUCCAGUGAUAGGCGAUGAUGAGGUGCUGCUUGCUAUGGAUAGUGUGGGCAUUUGUGGCUCCGAUGUACACUACCUCAAAGAAGGACGCAUUGGCGACUUUAUACUGACCAAACCCAUGGUCAUAGGACAUGAGGCUGCCGGUGUUGUGGCCAAAUUGGGGAAGAAGGUUAAAAACCUAAAGGUGGGCGAUCGUGUGGCCAUCGAGCCGGGUGUACCCUGCCGCUACUGUGAUCUCUGCAAACAGGGAAAGUACAGUCUCUGUGCGGACAUGGUGUUUUGUGCCACUCCCCCUUACGAUGGAAAUCUCACGAGGUACUACAAACAUGCCGCAGACUUUUGCUUCAAGCUGCCGGAUCAUGUGUCAAUGGAGGAGGGUGCACUCCUUGAGCCCCUCUCAGUGGGUGUCCAUGCCUGUCGUCGUGCUGGCGUAGGCCUUGGCUCUCGUGUCCUCAUCCUGGGCGCUGGUCCAAUUGGUUUGGUCACUCUUCUGGUUGCUCAAUCCAUGGGAGCCUCAGAGAUUCUCAUUACGGAUUUGGUUCAGCAGCGUCUGGAUGUGGCCAAGGAGCUGGGCGCCACACACACUCUUCUUCUGAAGAGGGAUCAAAGUGCCGAGGAGGUGGCCGAGAUUGUACGCCGUACAAUGACGGCACAACCGGACAAGUCCAUUGAUUGCUGUGGAGCCGAGAGCAGUGCCAGAUUGGCCAUUUUUUCUACUGUUUCCGGAGGUGUUGUGGUGAUUGUGGGCAUGGGUGCCCCGGAAGUGAAGCUGCCCUUGAUCAACGCUUUGGCCCGUGAGGUGGACAUUCGUGGUGUCUUCCGCUACUGCAAUGACUAUGCCUCUGCCUUAGCUUUGGUGGCCUCUGGCAAGGUCAAUGUCAAGCGUCUGGUGACCCAUCAUUUUGACAUCAAGGACACGGACAAGGCUUUUGAGACCUCCCGAAAGGGUUUGGGUGGAGCCAUCAAAGUGAUGAUUCAUGUCCAGCCCAGGAACACAAACAAUCCCGUCAAAUUCUAGAUUUUCUACCUCUGUACAUAGGUUUCCUUUUCUUAGUCAGUAAACUGUUGAAUUUUA